UGGUUAAAUGGACUAUAUAGGUUCAACCAUUGGGCUCUGCUUCAGAGGCACAGCUUGGUGCAGGACAGGUGAGUGGACAGACACAUCUAGUCGAGACCAGAGAACACGAGGAGAAAGCAAUCAACUAGGAAGUAGGAACGUCCCAUCCAAUGAUGCCGGUCCCGGUAGCCCUGUGUGUCCUCCUGGCUGGAACCCUGUCCCUUGUUGAGGGGGAUGUGGUGGCCAACUUCGAGGAGGUCCCAGAGUGUGUGGAGUAUUUCUACCAGGGGAAGGUACCGGGCUGGGGCGCUGCCACUCCCGGCGCUGCCCGCCUGUGCCAGCGCUUCUACAACAGGUAUCACUUUGCCACGCUGUACGACACCAACCACCACAUUGCUGUGUAUUCAGCCUACCGCUUCCAGCCCAGCAGCGGAGGGGGCAGGGAGAAGCACUGGUUUGUGGAGCCACAGGUGGGUCAUGAGAACAGGACAGAUGUGUCUGUGGCUAGACACUGACAUGCAAUAGGACGGUCUCAACAACUCACAUCAAUAACUAUGUUGGUGACCCAAAUACAAAAAAGCUCUAGAUCAUCAUGUUUGUUGUGUCCUGUGUUGUACGAUAUGGAGGCAGAUUGUUGCCAAAAUAAAUGGCUAAAAAGUUUAGAAAAAUAAAAUUCUAUUUUCUGUUUGAAUUGAUCUGAAGCGUGGGGUUGUAACAGCAGUUUAUUUUCCCUCCCAGCUUGUGAACCUUACGUGGGGUGCAGAGAUGAAGGAUGAGUACUGGCUAGGGAAGGAUCACCCUGGGGUUUACCUGGGCGAGAGACAGGCGCUCAACGAGGACUACACCCACUCUGGCUUCGACCGUGGCCAUCUCAACCCCAAUGGACACCAUGCAGGUAGUCUCCUACACAAUACAGACUCUGUUUUAAAAAGAUUUCAUGCAACAGCAUUUCAAUGCUAAUGUUGUUAGGAUUGUUUCUUAGUUCACUGUGGACUACUGUGAUGAUGGUAGACUGUUGAACUUAAAGUUAAGUACAAGGUAAACCCAAGUAUGAAUGCAACCCAGCAAACACGCAACGUUGCCUCAAAGUUGACUCCAAGUGUGCCUCAACAUGCCAUUGCUACUUUGUAACACUUAGUAAUUAAUCUCAUGACAAAUUGCUUAAACCUACAGUAUAUCUCUCCUUUUCCUCUCUCCUUAAUCUCACACGGUCACUCCCUUCCUUUUCUCCCCAAGUCCCCAGUCGUAAUGCCACCUUCACCCUGACCAACGUGGUGCCCCAGAAUCCCAAGCUCAACCAGAACGCCUGGGUCCGCCACGAGUCCCAGCUCACAGACCUGUUCAAGGCCCAGUGUGCCCAGGCCUACGUGCUGGUUGGCGCCAUCCCCUCCACAGACAACUGGAUUGUCAAGAACAACGUCCGACGCGUCAACAUCCCAGAGUACAUCUGGAACGCCUACUGCUGUGUGGACAACAACGGUAAGCCUGUCCGUAGCGGUGGCGCCACCGCCCUCAACACCGAGCAGAACCGAGUGGACCAGCACUCACUGCUGGAGCUGAAUGGUUUCCUGCAGCAGUACUCUAACACACCAAUAGGGGAGUUGUUCCACAACAACUGCCAGGCAGUGACCGAGGAGUAGUAUCCCACUCAUUUCUAUUCAUGAUUUGACAGCAGCAAGGUGAGCUAAAACUUCAGUUCACAUAUCAGUACCAGUCUUUCAGCCCAGUCAUGUGCUUCCUACUGUGAAAAUGAAAUGAUGAACUACAGUGGAUAAAUAAAGAACUAUGUUUGGAGAGAUACA